AGCGUGGGUAGCUGAGGUCUUGGCGGCGGGCUGUGGUUUAGGGUCCUGCUGCAGCGAAAGGUGGCAGGGGAGGAGAUAGGCGCAGAAAACCGGCUUGCCGCGGGAGAGCAUAGCGCUCUAGAGGGGCCGGGGACUUAACUCACGGACUUAAUCGGUCGUGCCACCUGCGCUCUUCAUUGUCCUAGAAAAGGCCUGAAGUGGGACUGAAACAAGAGGGCGCAGUUUGCAGGCUGUAAAGUGGGCCUUGCUAAUGAAUCUUAAUAACAAACAGUGCAGACUCUAGGCCAGGCACUGUUCCCAGCUUCACGGUUAAAUCUUGCAACCACGCUGGGAGCUGGGCACUAUUAUUUGCAUCCUUCAGAGGUGGAAACCGCGGAGGUAGAGUCCUCUGAGACAGCUGUGGCUUUGGGAGUCAGUCUGGUUUUAGAGUCGGUGCUCUUCCCACCAUGCUCUGCCGCCUCCCAUUCUCAUUCUCUUUAAUUGUGACUUCAAGCUACUCAGGAAAUGGGAAGAGGAAAUUUCGUAGGAAAUGGGGAGUGUUUUGUUACUUACAAGGGCUCCUUCAAAUGUAACAGUAGGUAACAGAACCGGCGUGGCGGCCCACUAGGGCUUCCUUUUAGGGCUUGCCAGAUUUAGAAGAGUCUGGAGAGUGGAGUAGUAUCAGGACGUGGAAUCUGGAGAGUGGAAGUGGUAUAAGGACCCUUAGAAGAUCUUCCAAGACCCCAGAUACUCAGUUUUACCUGACUUCUGCAUGUUGUCAUCUCGUGUACGCCUGGUCCCCACGGCAGUCCGCCUAGUCCAUUCCCUGAUCCGCGGUUCUUCCCGUUCCUUCAUGGAUCUACAGGCUCUCCUUUCCUCCUUGAAUGACUUUGCAUCCCUCUCAUUUGCUGAGAGUUGGGACAAUGUUGGAUUACUGGUGGAACCAAGCCCACCACACACUGUAAACACGCUCUUCCUAACCAAUGAUUUGACAGAAGAAGUGAUGGAGGAGGCGCUGCAGAAGAAGGCGGAUCUCAUUCUCUCCUACCAUCCGCCCAUUUUCCGCCCUAUGAAGCGCAUCACCUGGAAAACCUGGAAAGAGCGCCUGGUGAUCCGGGCGCUGGAGAACAGAGUCGGGAUCUACUCUCCUCACACGGCCUAUGAUGCUGCUCCCCAGGGAGUCAACAACUGGCUGGCUAAAGGGCUUGGAGUUUGCACCUCCAGACCCAUCCAUGCUUCCAGAGCUCCUGACUACCCCACAGAGGGAACACACAGAGUAGAAUUCAAUGUUACCCACACCCAAGACCUGGACAAAGUCAUUUCUACAGUGAAAGGAAUUGCAGGUGUAUCUGUCACUUCUUUUUCUGCUAGGAGUGAUGAUGAAGAACAAACACGGCUCAGUCUGAAUUGUACUCAGCAAGCUUUGAUGGAGGUGGUGGCUUUUCUUUCCCAGAACAGACAAUAUUAUCAGGAGACUGAAAUUCUGUCACUGGAGAAGCCUCUGCUUCUACAUACUGGCAUGGGACGGUUAUGCACACUGGAUGAGUCUGUCUCCUUGGCAACCAUGAUUGAGCAAAUCAAAAGGCACCUGAAACUGUCUCAUGUUCGCCUUGCUCUUGGAGUAGGGAAGACCUUAGAGUCCCCAGUCAAAGUCGUGGCCGUGUGUGCUGGUUCUGGGAGCAGCGUCCUUCAGGGAACAGAGGCCGACCUCUACCUCACAGGUGAGAUGUCCCAUCAUGAUGUUCUGGAUGCCGCUUCCCAAGGAAUAAAUGUGAUCCUCUGUGAACAUAGCAACACUGAACGAGGCUUUCUUUCUGAUCUUCGAGAUAUGCUGGGUGCUUACUUGGAGGAUAAGAUUAAUAUUAUCGUGUCAGAAAUAGACAGGGACCCUCUUCAUGUGGUAUAAUGCAUGCAGGAACAACCAGAUGACACAGUCUACAAAUCGAAUGGCUCCCAACUCAAAUGCAUAACAUGAAUCAGUGGGGUAUCCUUCUGAAAGAACGUCUUAGAAGGUACAUUAUCAUUUCUGGUUUCUUGAUCUGCUUCACCAGAUGUUCUGUAGCUCAGAAGGUAAAAACAAUAAUGUAAUUACCGUUAAAGAACAAUUAUUAUAAAGGACAAAUUAAAGAAUAUAUUGUAUAUAAUAUGUAUUCAUUAUAACCUCUAGGAAAGAUGGAGUAAACCUGUUUACUUAACAUUCUUGGGAAAUAUCAAUAGCUCAAGUAAUCAUCUCCUUAGCUUAAUUAUAGAUGGGAUGUGUCAUUCUAUAUCUCUCUGUCCUUAGUUAUUUUAAAAAUAUACUUUUCCAAAAAAUAUAUAUAUAUACAUGUAAACUUUAAAAACUUGGGAUUAGAACACCUAUAUAUAGGUAGUAGCCUCUGGAGGGUGAUAAGGUCUGUCUAUAUGUUUCUGUUCCUAGAUCACUAAUCUCCCACCUAAAUUUCAGAAUCAGGAUGAGAUUUAUCAGGAUGAGUUUUUUUUGUUUUUUUUUUUUUUGCCCAUGCUGUGCCGCAUGCAGGAUCUUAGUUCCCCGACCAGGGAUCAAACCAGUGCCCCCUGCAGUGGAAGCACAGAGUCUUAACCACUGGACUGCCAGGGAAGUCCCUCAGGAUGAGUUUUGCUUUUUGUUUUAAAUAUACAUGAUCAUUAUUCAUGUAAUUAUUGCUUUAUUGCUUUUUAGGUAACUCACCUGUAAUUUUAUUAGUAAUGUAUUCAAUAUAAAGAUGGUUAACUUUCAAAAUAAUGUUAGUGAGUACUCAUACAGUAUUAAUUUUGUGCCAGGCACUCUUCUAGGUGCUUUACUUUCAAUCCUUUAUAAACAAGCAUAUAAGUAUUGUUACUCCCAUUUUACAGAUGAGGAAACUGAAACAGAGGUUAAGUAGUUUGCCCAAGGCCACGUAGCUAGGAAGUGAUGGAGUUAGGACACAAACUCAGGCAGUCUGGCUCUGGAGCCUGUGUGCUUAACUACAGUGUAUCUUAAUCAAAUACAUUGAUGACAGAACUGAUAUAAGAGGUAUGGAAGAAAUCCUGAAGGGAAAAAAAACCCCAUUUUAACUGUGAUUUUCUCUGGGGGGUAUGAUGAGAGGUGUCUUUUUUUUUUUUUUUUUUUGGCUGUGUUGGGUCUUCAUUGCUGCGCGUGGACUUUCUCUAGUUGCGGCGAGCGGGGGCUACUCUUCAUAGCGGUGUGCAGUCUUCUCAUUUUGGUGGCUUCUUUAGUUGCGGAGCACGGGCUCUAGGCAGGCAGGCUUCAGUAGUUGUGGCACAUGGGCUUAGUUGCUGCGCAGCAUGUGGGAUCUUCCCGGACCAGGGAUCAAACCCAUGUCCCCUUCAUUGGCAGGCGGAUUCUUAACCACUGCGCCAUCAGGGAAGUCCCCGAGUUUUUUCUUUUUAAUGCUUUUAUAUGUAUUUCCAAUUUCUCCACUGAGCAUGUUAGUCUGGUAAUGGCAAAAGCAAAUCUUUUUUUUUUGAAAUGCAUCCUCUUUAUUUAUUUAUUUAUUUAUUUAUGGCUGUGUUGGGUCUUCGUUUCUGUGCGAGGGCUUUCUCUAGUUGCAGCAAGCGGGGGCCACUCUUCAUCGCAGUGCGCGGGCCUCUCACUAUCGUGGCCUCUCUUGUUGCGGAGCACAGGCUCCAGACGCGCAGGCUCAGUAAUUGUGGCUCACGGGCCCAGUUGCUCCGUGGCACGUGGGAUCUUCCUAGACCAGGGCUCGAGCCCGUGUCCCCUGCAUUGGCAGGCAGAUUCUCAACCACUGCGCCACCAGGGAAGCCCAGCAAAUCUUUUAAAAUACUAUUUGUCUAAGAUGAGAAAGCAUAGAAUUUUAUAUUUCCUUUGUAGGAUCCUUUUCCUACCAAUCUUUUUUUCUCCUGGAGGCUUUGGGAUCCUAACUUAUAAAUUAUUCUUGGUGGUUCAUCUGUAAUACUGAUUCACUACAGAAAUAACCAAUAGGAGUGAGCCUUAUGAAAUGCCCCCAGUUAGAGUUGGAGGAGCCACCAAGAAAGGUGGGAGAACAGCUAAGUGUCAGAAGCCAAGAAGUAGAAAGCUUCAAUGAGAUGGUCAGCUUUGUCAAAGUAGAGAGAAUGAGAUAGCAGCUUUGAGAGACUGUCUUAAUGGUAUUUGCUUCAUUCAUUCAUUCAUUGUUUGCUUUCUGUGUGCUGGGCCCAUAGAGAUGUGGGGAGGAUAGGACAGAAAUUUGGAUGACGGUUACAAUAAACUCUUAAGUAACUAUGAUAAAGAUAUGCAUAGGGUUUAUAGGGAAGGUCUUCUGGGGAAAGGGGGUAGAAUUCAGUCAAGAGGGACAGCUUGAACAAGUGCACUAAGUAGAGAAACAGCACAGCACAUUGAAAAACCCCAGUAAUUAAUUCAUUAUUGUCACGGUGGAAAGCACAACGCAGGGAAGGUAUGGUCAGAGGUGAUGAUGAAGAAAUAAACUGAGGCCAGUAGCUCUCAAACCCUCCUUUUUUCUUUAUAGCACACUCAAGGUGUGAUGUGAUUUCAUCUGUAACAGUGACUGACGACAGCAGUAAGGAUCUCAAUGGAGCUGAAGUAAUUUUAUGUUAAAUCCAGUUUCUUUACUGGCAUGCUAGCAUUUCUAAAUAAUUAAAAAUACCCCCAAACACAUCCUAUGCAGGAUUUAUUUUUAUUUUUUAUUUUUUUCUUCCUGUGCAGUUUUUAAAAUAUAAAGUACCACUCAAGAUUAUUUACUUUCAGCUGUCAAAUUUUCUGAACUGUUAACUUUAACAUGUUGAUCGCUUAGUUGUAUAUACCAUUGCUUUUCAAACUUUAAUGGGUACCAGAGCAUCUGGAGAUUUAGUUAACAUGCAGAUUGAUUCAGAUGCUCGAGUAAGGGCCCAAGCAUUUCUUAAGUUCCCAGCAGAUGCUGAUGCUGCCAUUUUGAGGACCACACUUUGGGGAGCAAAAGUAAAGAUGCUAAAGCAUUUAGGUGACCUAAAUACUUAAGACUUGAGGCCCAAGUGAUAUAUGCCAAAAUAAUGAAAAUUUGGUAAUAAGCUUUGUUAUACUCAUGCUUAAAGUUAUAUUUUCCAUAGCAUUAGUUAUUUCAAAUUUACUUUAUUCAACACAUUAAGGAUACUGUAAUUUUUAAUGCUGUUAAAACCUCAACUAGAUAUUUCACAUCACAUUUUCAUAUUCUCUCAACUGCCUAGCACAGAGCCUUCUACUUAGUAAGUUCUCAACAAACAUGAAUUAACAUGGCUUAACAGCAAUUUGAAAAAUUAAAGAGACUCUCCCAAGGGAGAGAAAUCAAAUAAUUACAAAAAGCCUGAGAAAGUAAUUUACAUGACAGUUUAUUUAUCCCUUGGCUUUUAGGAGACACAAUCUGUGAUGAGGCAGACUCUCAUGACUCACUGUUAGAUCUGAGAGCUACUCAGGACUAAGCUGGAAGAGUCACCUUACCUCCUAGAAUGUAGGAAAAUACAUUGUGAACGUGCUACUGGCUCCAGGUUUGAAUUGGGUGGGGGGAAGAAUACAGUUGUCCCUUAAACAAUGUGGGGUUUAGGAGUGCUGACCUUCUGCACAGUAAAAAAUCCAAGUAUAACUUAUAGUUGGCUCUUCCUGUGUAGGCUCAGUUUCUCUUUAUAUAUCCGUGGGUUCAACCAACCGUGGACUGUGUAGUACUGUAGUAUUUACUAUUGGAAAAAAUCUGCAUUUAAGUGGACCCACACAAUUCAGACCUGUGUUGUUCAAGGGUCAACUGUAGAUUUCUAAAGUUUUGUUAGUAAUUUUUUUUUAAAGUAAAACCUAUGCACCAUCCCUCAAACUUACUGAUCUUUUGUAUGAAUGACAUGUUCAUAUAUUAAAAUGACAAACAUGAUGCUAAGAAAGUUCGGUUUCUGGAGUAUCACAAGAACCGUUUUAGAACUCCCUGCCUAAGGAAUUCAGUAUUACGCCAAGUUUGUAGAGUGUUAACUGUCUGUCCUGCAUCCCCUGUGCCUUUUUUGGCCUAUUUUAGCCAUUUUGUUAAGAGAGGCCAGAAAAAUCUUUCAAGGCUUCAGGUCUGUUCAAUCUUGCGAGAAGUGAGUAACAGCAGAAGUUUGGAGCCUUAGCAAUCAAACUGAUAGAGCUUAAGCAACACUGAUGUUGAAACAAGGUAAUGAAGAACGUAUAAUUCUGCCAAGAUCACCAUCAGAACUGUAAGAUGCACUCAUAAAACUUGUGAAGCACUUCAAGAUAUCUUUAGUAAAAAAACCCAGUACUAUAAAUGAAAAAAAAAAUGGUUAUAUCCAAAUUGGUUUCUUUAUUAAUAGUAAAGACUAUUCACAUAUACUGCUUGCAAACAGUAUAGACACAAAAAUUAUAAAAAUAAACCAGUAGAUAUUUAAGGGCAAAUGCAAAGUUUGCACAUUAGUUCAUUAAAGAUUUCGUAUACUUUUUUAUACUGUAAGUUAUUAUAAACUAAAUAUAUUAAGCAAAAAACAAAAACAAGGUGCAAACCAGCAAGUAUCAUAUGCCACCAUUUGUGUUUUUAAAAUGAGAAAUACAGACAAAUAUCCUUAGAUGUGCAUAGAAUACCUUGGGAAGAAUGCUUAAACUGCUGUCAAUGGCUGCCUAAGGGACUGGAUCAGAGGAUGGUAAGGAAAAUCACUUUUCAUUGAAUAUCCUUUGGUACAAUUUAAAAAUUUUAGAAUCCUAUUCAUGUAUAAAUUUAAAUAUUUUGACUAGUAAUUAUGCUUAAGACUAAACCCCUUAAUACAUGGAUUUAAAAUAAAAUUCAUUAUAUGACACAAAGAAAUGAUUUUAAAAAUUCUGAUCAUUUUGGGAAAUACUUUCAUAAAAGGGGUUUACAAGAUGAGAAAUGAGUGAGAAAUGAUGAUGCAGUAUAUUACAGUGAUAUUUUAAUGAAGAAUUUCAUUUCCAAGUAUGAAAUAGUUCAGGGAGUAUGUGAAGACUAUCAGCUGACUACAGUGGCCAAGAUUAGCCUUCUUUUCCUUCCUAAGAGAAAAAAAGGCUUGAGUAUUUAGGAGGUUUGAAAUUGUCAUUUUAAGAAAAAAAACUGAAAUGUCUUACAGUGAAUUUUAGGCCUGCUUGAUAGAGAAAUCAAAUUCAUUUAAAGCCAGCCAUUAAUAUGCUGCUCAUCUGCAUGUUAUUCAAGAAAAGAAAAACAUGUUGAUAUACAAGAAUAGUUAAAUUUUUAUUUUCUGUUGCCUUGAAAAAAUAACUAAAAUGAAAUUCAGGUUUGUGUUUCUCUAGCCUGGCUUCUAACUUGUAUCAUGAAGGUGACGGCACAGACGUUAACUGUCCUGAGCAGCGCGAUCUGUUACUGUUCAUGUGCUUGCUGGGAUGGGCAUGCACCCUAUCUACGCUUCAUGUUUUUCCUACUCUCCCAACUGAACAGCAUCGUGCUCCUUCCUCCUCUAUCAAUCAAUCAGCGUGUAGCCUAAAUCCAAAAGGAGAAAGCUGAAUCACCCACUUUACCCCCAACCUUACACCUUUUGUUAAGCCAUUUCAGAAACAGUAAGAGAUGAUCUGCCUUCUCUGUUAUACUCUUCAAUUCUGACACAUGGAAUAGCAAAUAAAGCCGAUUUACGUGA